GGAGAGUUCGCUUUGCGCAAUCCAGUCCGGGACUUGGCUCCGCCCGGGAGCGUCGGCCUCUCCGGUGACAGAGGAGUAGUGAGCAGCACGGGGCGAGGCUGCAGCCAACUCCGCUCCCCGCGCACUCUGCUGCCUAGGCGCUCGGGACGCAGCUGCGGCGCUUCUCCGCGGGGCCCCCUGCCCGCCAUGCCCGCGUAGGAGCGUGCGGCAGGGCUACAUCGCCACACCCGGGACGCCGCGCUCUCGGCUGCAGAGCCGGGUCAGAGCAGUGCGCCCCUGCCCCAACCCCCACCCCGCCCCCCGCCCUGAAAUGACUUGUUAAUCGGCGCAGAGAAGCAGCGAGGGGACUCACCGAAGUGGAAGCCAAGUGGAAUUUGAAUUGGGAGAAGAGUUUCUUGAACAUUUGCCCUCGUCCCUGUUGGUUGUUCUUUUUCCUCUCUUUUUUCUUUUUAAAAAUUUUUGGCUUCUUUUUCCCCUCUCCCCUUCCUCUCCUGUCAUUGGAGAUGCGCACAGCUCGCUUGCAUCCCAGAAAGUAGUCGACGCGACUGUUGCCCCCCAAAGAGCCAAGCACACAUGUAGGAAUGACAAAGGCUUUGCAAAGGAGAGAGCGCAGCUCGAGGCCCAGAGAGAUCUCCUGGAUAAUGGAUUACUAAAUGGAAUCCACGCUGUUCCCGUCUGCUCCGAGCCCCGGUCGCCUGCCCGUAGAUGCACCGAAAAGGGUGAAGUAGAGACGGCGUCUCCCUGCUGAACUACUAUGAGGCCGGAAGUCCUGCUGCUCCACCUGACACUGCUGCACUUAGCUGGGGCCGCCUUCCCCGAGGACUCCGAGCCAAUCAGUAUUUCGCAUGGCAACUAUACAAAACAGUAUCCGGUGUUUGUGGGCCACAAGCCAGGACGGAACACCACACAGAGGCACAGACUGGACAUCCAGAUGAUGGUGAUCAUGAACAGAACCCUCUACGUUGCUGCUAGGGACCAUAUUUAUACUGUUGAUAUAGACACAUCUCACACAGAGGAAAUUUAUUGUAGCAAAAAACUGACGUGGAAAUCUAGACAGGCUGAUGUCGACACGUGCAGAAUGAAGGGGAAACAUAAGGAUGAGUGCCACAACUUUAUUAAAGUCCUUCUCAAGAAAAACGAUGACACGUUAUUUGUCUGUGGAACCAAUGCCUUCAACCCUUCCUGUAGAAACUACAAGAUCGAUACUUUGGAACCUUUUGGGGACGAGUUUAGUGGAAUGGCCAGAUGCCCUUAUGAUGCCAAGCAUGCCAACGUUGCACUGUUUGCAGAUGGAAAACUCUACUCGGCCACAGUGACUGACUUCCUUGCCAUUGAUGCUGUCAUUUACAGAAGUCUUGGAGACAGCCCAACCCUGAGGACGGUCAAGCAUGAUUCAAAAUGGUUAAAAGAACCAUACUUUGUCCAAGCAGUGGACUACGGAGACCAUAUCUACUUCUUCUUCAGGGAAAUCGCAGUGGAAUACAACACCAUGGGAAAGGUCGUUUUCCCCAGAGUGGCUCAGGUUUGUAAGAAUGACAUGGGAGGGUCUCAGAGAGUUCUGGAGAAACAGUGGACAUCUUUCCUGAAGGCUCGUCUCAACUGCUCAGUUCCUGGAGACUCUCAUUUUUAUUUCAACAUACUCCAAGCCGUUACAGAUGUGAUUCAUGUUAAUGGCCGUGACGUUGUCCUGGCAACCUUUUCCACACCUUAUAAUAGCAUCCCUGGGUCUGCAGUCUGUGCCUAUGACAUGUGUGACAUAGCCAAUGUUUUCACCGGGAGAUUCAAAGAACAGAAGUCUCCCGAUUCCACCUGGACACCAGUUCCUGACGAGCGAGUCCCUAAACCCAGGCCAGGUUGCUGUGCUGGCUCAUCCUCCUUGGAAAAAUAUGCAACCUCCAAUGAAUUCCCUGACGACACCCUGAAUUUCGUUAAGACGCAUCCCCUCAUGGACGAGGCAGUGCCUUCCAUCAUAAACAGACCCUGGUUCCUGAGAACGAUGGUCAGAUACCGACUGACCAAAAUUGCAGUGGACACGGCUGCUGGGCCAUAUCAGAAUCACACUGUGGUUUUCCUGGGAUCAGAAAAAGGAAUCAUCUUGAAGUUCUUGGCCCGGGUAGGAAACAGUGGUUUUCUGAAUGACAGCCUUUUCCUGGAGGAGAUGAACAUUUACAACCCAGAAAAGUGCAGCUAUGAUGGAGUGGAAGACAAAAGAAUUAUGGGCAUGCAGCUGGACAGAGCAGGUGGCUCUCUGUAUGUUGCAUUUUCUACCUGUGUGAUCAAAGUUCCCCUUGGCCGAUGUGAACGACAUGGGAAGUGUAAAAAAACCUGCAUCGCCUCCAGAGACCCAUAUUGUGGGUGGGUAAAAGAAGGAGAUUCCUGUGCUCAUUUGUCACCCCUCAGCAGACUGAGUUUCGAGCAGGACGUAGAGCGUGGCAAUACGGAUGGCCUGGGAGACUGUCACAAUUCCUUCGUGGCACUGAAUGGGCACGUGAGUUCCCUCUUGCCCAGCACCACCACAUCAGACUCGGCGGCUCGAGAGGGUCAUGAGUCUAGGGGAGGCAUGCUGGACUGGAAGAACCUGCUUGAUUCACCUGGCAGCACAGACCCUUUGGGAGCAGUGUCUUCCCAUAACCAUCAGGACAAGAAGGGAGUGAUCCGGGAAAGUUACCUCAAAGGCCACGACCAACUGGUUCCUGUCACACUCCUGGCCAUUGCUGUCAUCCUGGCUUUUGUCAUGGGGGCCGUCUUCUCGGGCAUCGUGGUGUACUGCGUCUGUGACCACCGGCGCAAGGACGUGGCUGGGGUGCAGCGCAAGGAGAAGGAGCUGGCACACUCGCGCCGGGGCUCUAUGAGCAGUGUCACCAAGCUCAGUGGCCUCUUUGGGGACAGCCAGUCUAAAGAACCGAAGCCAGAGGCCAUCCUCACCCCGCUCAUGCACAACGGCAAGCUCGCCACGCCAGGCAGCACGGCCAAAAUGCUCAUCAAGGCAGAGCAGCACCACCUGGACCUGGCAGCUUUGCCCACACCCGAGUCCACCCCGACCCUGCAGCAGAAGCGCAAACCGGCCCGUGGCAGCCGCGAGUGGGAGAGGAACCAGAACCUCAUCAAUGCUUGUGCCAAGGACAUGCCACCCAUGGGCUCCCCAGUGAUCCCCACCGACCUGCCCCUGCGCGCAUCCCCAAGCCACAUCCCCAGCGUGGUGGUGCUGCCCAUCACGCAACAGGGCUACCCGCACGAGUAUGUGGAGCAGCCCAAGAUGAGCGAGGUGGCCCAGAUGGCCCUGGAUGAGCAGGCAGCCACCCUGGAGUAUAAAACCAUCAAGGAGCAUCUGAGCAGCAAGAGCCCCAACCACGGAGUAAACCUGGUGGAGAACCUGGACAGCCUGCCCCCUAAAGUCCCGCAGCGCGAGGCCUCCCUGGGUCCCCCCGGGACCUCGCUGUCCCAGAAGCGGCUGGAAGUGCACCACACCUCCUCCUACGGCCUUGACUAUAAGAGGAGCUACCCUACGAACUCGCUCACCAGGAGCCACCAGGCCACCACCCUCAAAAGAAACAAUACUAACUCGUCCAAUUCCUCCCACCUCACCAGAAACCAGAGCUUUGGCCGGGGGGACAACCCGCCCCCCGCCCCACAGAGGGUGGACUCGAUCCAGGUGCACAGCCCGCAGCCCUCAGGCCAGGCGGGGACUGUCUCCAGGCAGCCCAGCCUCAACGCCUACAGUUCACUGACCAGGUCCGGGCUGAAGCGAACCCCCUCGCUUAAGCCCGACGUGCCCCCCAAGCCUUCCUUUGCCCCCCUCUCCACAUCCAUGAAGCCCAAUGACGCGUGUACAUAAUCCCGGGGGAGGGGGCGACCAGUGAAUCAGCAGGCAAGGCCAGGCGCCCACAGCGCACCAAGCUUUCCAACUGCUCGAGUGUGCACCUGACCAAGAUGGCCCGUGGCAGAGCUGAGGACACUGGGUCCUCCUCUCUGGGACACAGGGGUACUCUGGAAAAUGGGGCCACGUGGUUUGGUGAAGGUUUUGCAACCGCGGGGCUCACCUCUCCCAACACACUACAGCAGGUCGGACCCCCAAAAAACUUCAGUAUCAUCACAAACAUGAGCCAAAAGCACAUCCCCACCCCAUCUUCUCAUGCACACAGACACAUGCACACACACACACACACACAUAUGCACAUGACACACACAUGCACACAACACACCCACCCAUACCCACAACCCUCGCAGAAGUGAACUGCAGCCUUUUGUCCAUGACUGCACAGGGGCGUUGCCAAACUUGGGCUAGCGUUCCAAACUGCAAAACACAGAUACACUUUUAAAAAUCAUGAAAAUUUCAAAAAGACAAAAAAAGAAUUCAUUGACAAUUCUAACUGAGACUUUUAACAAUGGCAGAAGUUUACUAUGCGCAGAUACUGUGAAACGCCCACCAGUGUUACAUACAGCUUUCUGUUCUAGCAGAUAAAUAAAUCCCACGUGGGGCCACUGUGUCAUAGGUUUCUGCCCCUCUCUUUUAAUGAAAUAACGCGACCGUUAACGCAAGUAACUCUAUUUAUUGUUCACCCUCUUUUUCCUUAAGGAAAGAACUCUUCCAUGCAUCCUCCUAUGAACAGCUCUUCUGAAACCCAUUGAAAGUUAAACUAUUUAACGUGAAAUCCAUUAACUGGAAUAAUUGAGUUUCUUUAUUUUUACAAUAAAUUCACUGAGUAAGUAAGAUGGAGCUGGAAUUCUGAGCUUUCUGUUUGGACUGUCUGGUCGGUAGCUAACGGAAACUGUUAAGAGGGGGAUAUUUAUUUAAAUCAACCAGUUAAUUUGUUGAUCAGGUCUCUGGUCUCUAACAUGCAAAAAAAAUUAAUGUUUAAAAGUCCUUCCAGAUCCUAACUUCUAAAGCAACCAGGAGAGAAGCUUCUAGAAUGGCACGUUGUGUCCCUCUGCCUCCAACAUGGCUUUGUCAGUGGUUCCUACUUUCUGUGAAGGCACCAACUUUCAAUACCCCCAUCUCAUUUCACCUUGCAUGUGAGACAGCAAGCCAAAUCCACAAACGGUGUGAACUAAUUAAUAUGCUGGCUGCUACCUUGCAUAAAUUAAUGGUUUGCUCACACGGGUUCUUCGUGGGGUUACAUCUGUGAAUAGCCUGUUUUCCACACUGUAAAUUUGUGCCUUACACCCUGAGUUGUGUACACUUGUAAACUGUCAUUAUGAUCAUUUCCCCCUUUUCUUUUUGAAAUAAAUAUUUAUUUAAUCCUCCCUCCCCCCUCCUCCACCCUCUCUCCAUCCCUCUGGAAGAUUGAGUCAAGCAGA